UUAUGGGUGUGCAAUAUUCAGCUGUUUGUAUUUCAAAUUAUUUUGAUUUUAUAUUUUAGGGAGCAUUUGACAUCUUUGAAUAAGGAUAAAAGUUUAGACAUUGAUGUUAGAGAUCCAAUCUCAGAAUAUUUUUUCAAAGAUGUGUGGAUGAAAACAGCUGGUGUUAAUACGUCAAUUUUUGAAAAAGUUUUCCGGUGUAUACCAGCUGACGAAAUUCACACUUACUCUCAUCUACGUCACUACGUAUCUCAAUCUGGACUUUGUGAAACAGAUCCAGAUUCCGCAAAAGAACUGUUGGAUAAAGUCAAAGGCUAUUUAGUACUUUUUCCUUUAUACUUUCUAUGUUCGGAGAACCUCACUCCAGCUCCCGGAACUAAAGAGGCUCUUAUGCCUGUCUCGUUGUGGACGUGAAACGUCAAUUUUAUAUAAUAUUGAGAUUAUGUAAUAAUUAUAGAUUGCUUUCUCGGGCUUGAUAAAAAGUUAGUUUUAUGAUAGAUGCACUAUAUACAAUUCUUAAACUGAGAAUUAAUUUACAUUCUUUAAUCAGAAUCAAAUAUAUUUUUGAUAAAACUUAUUUAAAAAUGACCUAUUCUAAUAUAUCAGGAAAAAAUAAUUAUUAUUGAAAAUCAUGAAAAUAAUGCAUAAUCUACAGUAAAAUUAUAUAGUUGUAGAUAUAUUUAUUCAUUUUAUUGGUUUUCAAUGAAAGACUUGUUGUUUUUGCAGUUUUCUGGUGCAAGGACCAAAACACAUUGAAAAUUUGGUUAAUCUAAACCAGUAUCUCCUUAACUUGCAAAUGCUCAUAUUUCAUCGUCUAUCUUCAGGACAUUGAAAUUACUGUGAAUUGUGUUAUACAUAAUGAAAAAUUCAAAUUCAUUGAUGUAAUUAUUUAUUACAUCAAGUAAAUGAAAUUUUCCUUUUUUAAUAAUUUUUUUCAUAUUUACAGGAUCAUUUGUACAUUGGUUGAUUCACCAUUUUUGGAAGUACUGUUGUAGAUCAUCGAUAUCAUUGAUAUAUUUUUAUUCUUUAUAUAAAAAAAUUAAAUUGCAUUGAGAAAUUUAAUAUUUAUGUUUAUUCAUAAAUAGAAUUUUUAAAAUAUGUAAAUAUAGAAUGUAAAAUCGUACAUUGUUUAGUGAAAGCCUACUGUAUCAAUAUAAUCUGGCUAUUUCUUGGGAAGAGGGAUACAGGAUUACUGAGUGUUUAUUAGACCUAUGAAUGAUGGAUCUGUUGCCCUUCGGCACUAAUUAUUUUCAGAGAUCGAUGAGCAAGCAAUAAAGAAUACCAAAAUGUGAUACUGCAUGCAGAAAUGAAACCAAAAUAAACAAGAAACAAGGUGUGACUGACAUCACACUGGGGUAUGAAAGAUCAUUGAAGACCAGAUAGUGAGAGUAUUCUGUAUUUUUGCAAUACUGUACUUAAGUAUGUUUAUAAUAAUUUUUUUUUUAUAAAUCAAAUUUUGUUAUCCAUUUUAGAGCCAUAAAUUUAAACUUUUAUUAAAUACAUUAAGUAUAUUAGAUAACUUAAAAAAGCUGUUUAAGCAUAUUUAUAAAAUACCGUAUUUACUCACAUAUAAGAAGAGGUGUGACUUUAAAGAUCAAAAUAGAGAAAAUUAGAUUAAACUAAAUAAAAUCAGAAUUAUAUUAAUAAAUCACAAAUGCAUGUA